AUGCUACAUAAAACAUGUAAGCUCAUUCUUAGUACUAAGAUCUAUGAGUUUAAUAAAAUCAAUAAAAGAUCCUCUGCCCUAUUUAUCAAUAGCCUUAAAGCAACCGAUAAUUUUGCUUAUAUAACACCACAUGUUGAUUAUCAGGAAAGAAUUAAGAACAAAGAACUACUGCAAAAUAAUUUGGACAAAAGAAAGUCAAAGAUUGUUCUGAAUAAAAUAGAAAAUCUGUGGUCCAUUUAUGAAGAUUUAAAAAAUCGAAAAUUACAAUUGGAAGAAAGGAAAAGUGUUGUAUCCAAAGAAUUAGGAGUACUGAUUAAUUCUAAACAACAAGGUGACCAUGUUGAAAAAUUAAAAAUCCAGAAUAGUCUAUUAAAAGAAAACGUUAACAAAUUAAAAAUUCCAUUGUGGUCAGCGGAGGAGACUGCUGUUGAGGAAUAUUUAAAAUUACCAAAUGAAUUACACCCUUUAACUCCAUGUUUCAAUAAAAAUAUAAUCUUUGAAUAUGGAUCUAAACCGUCAAACAGCAAAAACCAUGUGGAUAUUGGUGGAGAACUAAAUUUAUUAAAACAUACACAAAAUGGAAAUUAUUAUCUUAAAGGGGAUGCUGCGUUAUUUGAACUGGGGUCAAAGUAUUACUUCAGCGGUAUAUUAAAACAAAAUAGUUACACUCAGUUCUCAAAUCCAGAUUUUUCCAAGAGUCUUAUUAUAGAGGGAUGUGGGGUAGAUCACACCGACCCAAACGCAACAUUUAUUUUACACCACAAUGAAGACACUAAAGUAAAUGUGGAUAAUCGCCUGCACUUGACAGGAGCUGGGUCUUUAUUCUCCUUCCUGGCGUACUAUGCUAAAAAUAUUUUGCAUGGAAAAUCAUUACCAUUAAAAUAUUUUUCUUUGGGCAGACAGUACAUGCCAACUCACGCAACAGAGGCCAGCUUACUACAUGCUAGUCAAAGUUCGGCUGUUCAAUUAUUUGGUAUAACAAAAAGUGGCACAGAUGCUGAUAUAAUGUUGCAGGAAACUAUUGAGACUGUUAAAAAAGCUUAUGGUGAACUCGGUUACCAUUUCCGUUUCAGCUAUGUACCGGCAUGCGAGUUAAAAAUGUGGGAAUCUUUAAGAGUUUCAAUAGAAAUGUACUUGUGUUCUCUACAAAGUUACAUUGAGAUCGGAAAUAUAUCAAUAAGUGGUGACUUUAUUUGUAAGAGACUGAUGAUUAUGUAUGAUUACGAGAAACAACACAAAUUCCCUCAUUUAAUAUCUGGAACAGUUCUCAAUGUACCUAAGUUUUUGGCAUGUGUUUUAGAACAAGACGGGGAUUUCAUUUUGCCCGAACAAUUUAAGGCGGAAAAUUGGAUUAAAUAAAAGACGGUAUUAUGGAAGACACCUUAAUUUUACACAUAUGUAUUUAUUUCAUAGAAUUUCAUUUGUAUUCACAGAUGAUUUUGGAUAUUCAAAUCAAAUCAAAUCAAAUCAAAUUUAAAUUCUUUCCUUUCCCAGUACGGAGCUUCAACAUUUAUAGGUGAUUUCAUGCUUAUUUCAAUUAAAUCCACAUAGCCUGAUUUUGUUACUAGUAAAAUGGUGUGAGCUCUGAAAAUUAAAUAUUAAUUAAAAAUGUAUAAAGAGAUGCGACAUAUAUAUAAAAUAGGUUAUCAAAUACCUUGUACCGUAUUUUGCUUUUGGUAUGCUUACAAAAAUGGAGCUGAGUUCUUUGUACAAAUGUGGCUGUCUGUUUUCCAAUUGAGAGUCGGGCAGAUUACUGUAAUAAUCCAUUUAAUAAGUAACACAUAAUAGGUGUUGUGUGAUUUUUUGUACUAAUUAAUAAAAUAUAAACC